AUCUCUCAGACAGAAGAUCAGACAGAGAUCAGAAAUCUAGCUUCCAACUGAACGACUACAGAAUGUUGUGUCCCAGCGUCUUCCAGCCGACCCCAACCGCCAUGAGGCCUUUCCUGGACCUGCACUGGCCCAUCCGCAGCCUGUGGCCCGAGACCAGACCACUCUUCUACCAAAUUGAGCAGGAGAUGAUCCGGCACAUGCAGGAGAUGAGGCAGAGCAUGGAGUACAUGGAGAGGCUGCACCAGAAGAUCUUUGAGGAGAUCGACCAAACCUCCAGCUCUACUGGGGCCUUUAAGCCCAUCGCCUUCCAGGAGCUGGGAAAGGACAGAAACACCUUUGCCCUGAGCCUGGACACAGCCCAGUUCGCCCCGGAGGAGCUGUCAGUCAAACAGGUUGGAAGGAAGCUGAGGGUGAGCGGCAGGACGGAGAAGAAGCAGGAGGAUGGGAAGGGUUCCUACUCCUACAGGUGUCAGGAGUUCAGGCAGGAGUUCGACCUGCCAGAGGGCGUCAACCCCGAGACCGUCAGCUGCUCGCUGGUGGGAGGCCGGCUGCAGAUCCAAGCACCCCGGGAGAAACCACAGAGUGACGGGAAUGAACGGAUCGUCCCCAUCAACGUCAGUUCUGCCCCAGCGAUCACCCCUGCUUCACCCUCCUCCCCCUCCGAGAGCCAGGAGGGGAACAGCGCCUCCUCAGAGAGCCCGGCUGAGAAAAACUGAACAGAUACAACUCAACUAAUAAUCUACCUAAAGGAAGAAUAGAAAAAAUUGCACCUUGAUUUUAAACACAUUAAGCCUACCUUGUUUUGUUCUUUUUGUUGUUUUCAAUAAAUGCCCCUAGUUUAAAUGCAAUCAUAUUAAAUAAAACUUAGUGGAAAACUCAAGUUUGAGCCAACACAAUGUGUUUUAAUGUUUUGACUAAAAACAUACUGGUCCUUAUGGAUUUGGACAUCUA